UUUGUUGCAUCUCGAUGGCUCUUCCAGCAAGACAAAAGCACAUUCUAUUUAACCCUGAUCAGCCUGAGCGGGAGCCAACCAGAUGCAUGUGGUGCUGAGUCCGACCGCUCGUUUUAUUCCUCCAUAUCUGUAAACAUCAGUUCUCAAACUUCACCUUUGGCUACCACACUUUUUAAGUCAGCAAUCUGUGUGACACUGAGAACCUAAUUUGUUACAGUUUAAUUUCUAUUUGAGCGAUGGUCUCCGAUAAAGGCCAUCACAAACCUUCAGGUCGCACUUCUAGAACACUUUCCAUCUGGAGCAUGAUGUUUCAGCAUCUCUAAAGUCUAGAUAUUCUCUCCUGUGGUUCCCAGUCGCCAUUAUUUAUUCAUGUUUUUUCUUUUCACACAGAAGGCCUGUAACACUAACCUGGGAUUAUUAGGGUAGUAAGAUGCCCAAAAGUGAUACGUGACCAGGUGACAGUGGAUUGGAAAUGAUGACCGUUACGGACCGUGCGCAUAGAUCUGGCAGCUGUGACGGUGUCGUCAAUGCUAAUCCUGGUUUUCAGAGUGAUGAUAGUCUAGAACACCUGUCUGCUGAAGAGAAGGCCUGUCUUGUGUUUCUGGAGGAGACGAUUGAGUCAUUGGACAAUGAGGACGACAGUGGACUGUCCAAUGAUGAACCUGACCAGUUGCCCAGCCCUGGGAAUGUUGCUACCAAAAUGGCUGACCUGUCAGCUUCCAUGACCAAGAGCAAGCUCAGUGAUUCACUGAAACAUGCUUCUGCAAAACCACUGAGGGAAAAUGUUGACACCACAUAUGUGCAGAGAUACAUGGUCCCUACACCUCUUGUUGUGGCAAGCAGUGCAGGAAGUGUAGGAACCUCUGUGCCCAGUGCAAAACCAAGAAUCCCUCCUGACAGGGACUUCAGCUCUAAAACUCAAGACACUGCUUCAAGCAACAAAACUUCUUUCCAGGACAGUCAGAAACAUGUUUCUGGAAGUGUGAACAAUGUCAUCAAUGUGGGACCAUCUUCCACCAAACACAAGGAUUACGCUGGUACAUCUGAAGCUCCUUUAUCUAGAGGACCUUUGUCCUAUGAUGCACUUGUCCAUCUGCGAAGGAGUGCUUCCACAAAAAAGACCCCAUUAUGUCCCACAGUUGAUCAUACUAUAGACUUUGAUAAGCAGCCACCUCUUACAAUGGAAGGUCCAAACCAUGACAGUGUGUUGAAAACACCCAUAGGGGUUUCAAAAUCUAAGCCUAGUCCUCCUGUUGUGGCCCCCAAACCAAAACGUAUUCCUCCCAAUAUAUCUCUGAAGGCAUACCAAGAACCAUCCAAAACACCAGAUUGUUCAAACGUUGUUGCACAUGUAGCAGAUCCUCAGGUAGUGAGAGUGGAAGCAUUGCAGAAGCUGGGCCUGCUGGAAGAUGAAGAUACAGAAAAGGCAGCAGUAGCUCCACUGUCACCCUCUAAGUCUUUGUCUUUGGAACAAACAUGUAACAGAUUGGGAAGACGUCCAGUUUAUGCUAAUCCAACAAGAAGUCCUUCCUUUUCUGAUUCACAAGUGCUCAGAGAGCCCAACAACAAGUCUCUGCAGAGUACUGCCAGUUUCCACCACUAUUCAAGAUGUGAGCAAAUGUCUGUCAAAUGUCUUGCACAACCAAAUGGAUUGAAGGCAGCCCGACUACAAAGGUCAUCUACCCAGGAUAGACAGCGAAAUGACAGAAAACCUCCAGAAGCACAACACAGCAGAGUUGCUGAACCAGCAACAGACGCCUCUGAAGCGCUUUUUGUCCCCCAAAAGCCCUCAAAUUCUGUGGGCUACAGUGUGAUGAUGGUGCCGGGAAUGGGAGCUGAUCGUAAAGAAGCACUCCGGAAGCUGGGACUGCUGAAAGAAUGAGCUGACUAAAGCUUAAGCUUUUCUGCAAAUAUACAGUUCUCAGAGUUCAAGAAUACCUUUUGCUUAAAGACAUUUGAGGUUUUGGGCAGGAAUUUGCCACUCAGCACUUUUGCAGACUGAAGAAAAGGAUGAUGAUGGUGAAAGUAAUUCUGUCUACUUAACCGGCUCAAUGAAUCGUUCACUUAAGAGAGUGGUUCUAUUUCUGUCUGAUGCCCAAUCACUUUUUGUGCCUAAAAAAAAAAAAAAAAAAAAAUCCUAAAACCAGCUCCAAAACCAUAGGAUCCUUCAACCA